AUGGCUGAUAGUAUUGAAGAGAAACUUUUUGAGGCAAAGGCUCGCCUGUUUCAAAUGCCUUUCGACACUAUGGUACAGACAUUGACGUUGUUAAAAAUUGACAUUGAUAAAAGUGUUAAGACUCGUAGUCAGGCUGUCAAGGCUUUUGAUGUUGUCUGGUCAAAUUCUGAUGAAUUAGAAGAAAAUUACGAAGAUUGUACAAACCCACCGUUUGAUCGCAGGCUUGAUGAAGUUCCUCCAGAGACAGCUGAUGGAGUUGCAGAUCAAGAUGGAAGAUCUGGUGGGAAUUUAUCUCAAGAAGAAGAUGAAAGACCUAAUGGAGAUUCAUCUCAAGAAGAUGAAAGAUCUAAUGGAGAUUCAUUUCAAGAAGAACUUCAUUCUGGUCGAAAACGGUUACGAAAGGCACCUUCUAGGCUAACGUAA